AUGAUGGGCAGAGACUUCAACGGUCAGAAGCGACUGGAGCUACAAGAUCGGGUGUUGUCGCUGCUGGAAUCAGAGAAGGGGACAGAGACGAUAGUCCGCGAUGCUGUAGCAGCAGUGCGGAACCGUAGUGCUCAGUUGGAACAGCAGACUCGUGCCAACAUCAGGCGUGAAGAUGUGCCGUUUUUGCCGGUUGGUUCGCAA